AUGGAUGGAUGGAUGGAUGUCCAGCACCACUCUGAGAAGAACACGGACGCCGCCUUGCUGCCGACCAUCAGCUACCCCGCCUUCGCCGUGGACGACGACGCCCUCUGCAGUCAGACGCUGGACAAGAUCGUCCGCAAGCUGCGGGGCAAGUACGGCUUCAAGCGCUUCAUCCGCGACGGGUACCGCACCACCAACGAAGACAAAGAGCGCCGCUACUACAAACCCGCAGAAAUGAAGCUUUUUGACGGCAUCGAGUGCGAGUUCCCCAUAUUUUUCAUCUUCAUGAUGAUUGACGGUGUGUUCAGAGGUAAUCGGGCUCAGGUGAAAGAGUACCAGGACCUCCUUGAACCCGUCAUCUUUCAGUCCUACGAAGGCCACGCCGUGGUUCCCAAGUACUACUACGUGCCCGCCGACUUUGUGGAGGCGGAACAAAACCAGCACGGCAGCCAGAAGCGUUUCCCCAGCAACUCGGGACGCGACGGCAAGCUCUUCCUGUGGGGCCAAGCCCUCUUCAACAUCGCCAAGCUGCUAGUGGACGAGCUGAUCAGCCCCAAAGACAUCGACCCCAUCCAUCGCUACGUGCCCGGCCAGGACCAACGCAACGUCAGCAUGAGAUACUCCAACCAGGGUCCCAUCGAGAACGACGUGGUGGUUCACGUGGCGCUGAUAGCUGAGAGCCAGAGACUGCAGGUGUUUCUGAAUACUUACGGCAUUCAGACUCAGACGCCGCAGCAGGUGGAGCCCAUUCAGAUCUGGCCUCAGAAGGAACUGGUGAAGGCGUACCGCUUCCUGGCCGUCAAUAAGAAGCUGGGCCUGAGUGGGCGUCCGGAUCGACCCGUGGGCUGCAUCGGCACCUCCAAGAUUUAUCGCAUCCUCGGCAAGACGGUGGUGUGCUACCCGAUCGUCUUUGAUCUGAGCGACUUCUACCUGUCCCAGGAUGUGAUGCUGCUGAUUGACGACAUCAAGAACGCCUUGCAGUUCAUCAAGCAGUGUUGGAAGAUGCCGGGCCGUCCUCUCUUCCUGGUCCUCAUCCACGAGGACAACAUCAAGGGAAGCCGCUUCAGUCCAGUCCUGGACAUGCUGGCUUCCUUCAAGAAGGGCAGCAUUGGAGGGGUCAAAGUUCACGUGGACAGACUCCAGACCUUGAUAUCUGGAGCCGUGGUUGAGCAGCUGGACUUCCUGCGAGUCAACGAGGCCGAGAUCCCGGAGUUCAGGAGCUUUGAGGAGCUGGAGAUGCCCAAACACUCCAAGGUGAAGCGUCAGACCAGCACGCCCAACGCCUCCGACCUGGAGCAGCAGCCCGAGAUCAGCGUGGACGAGUGGCUGCACAAGCCCACCGACGAGGUCCUCCAGAAGUUCCACGACUGCGACUGCUUAGCCAGCCAGGCUCAGCUUGCUGGGAUCCUGAUCCAGAGGGAAGGCCCGCACUUUCUGGAUAAAGAUGAGAGCCUGAUGGACGAGCUGGAGAGGAUCUACAGGAGAGCUGGCAGCAGGAAGCUUUGGUCUGUUGUCCGUCUUGCUGCCAGUCUGUUAAGUAAGCUAGUGGACAGCCUGGCCCCCAGUAUUACUAGUGUGUUAGUGCAUGGCAAGCAGGUGACCCUGGGCGUGUUCGGCCGCGAGGAGGAGGUGAUCUCCAACCCGCUGUCGCCCGGCGUCAUCCAGGGCAUCAUCUACAGCAAGUGCUGCCCACCAGGGGGCGAGCGCGAGGCGGUCCUGCAGCAGGAGCUGGUCAUCCACAUCGGAUGGAUCAUCUCCAACAACCCCGAGCUCUUCAGCGGCAUGCUCAAGAUCCGAGUCGGGUGGAUCGUGCAGGCCAUGAAGCAGGAGCUGAAGGUCCGGGCGGGGGACAUGUGCCCCCAGGACAUCUACCAGCUGUCCCCCAGCGACAUCAAGCAGCUCCUGCUGGACGUCCUGCAGCCUCAGCACACCCGCAGGUCCUGGCUCCACCGUCGCCAGAUCGACGGCUCCUUGAACCGAACCCCGCUGGGCUUUUACGACCGGGUCUGGCAGAUCCUGGAGAGGACGCCCGGCGGGAUCCUGGUCGCCGGGACGCACCUUCCGCAGCAACCCACGCUGUCGGACAUGACCAUGUACGAGAUGAACUUCUCCCUGCUGGUGGAGGACACGCUGAAGAGCAUCGUCCUGCCCGAGUACAGACAGGUGGUCGUGGAGCUCCUGAUGGUGGUCUCCAUCGUGCUGGAGAGGAACCCCGAGCUGGAGUUCAGCAGCGAGGUGGACCUGGACGCUCUGGUGAGGGACGCCAUGGCCGACUUCCAGAAGGACGGCUUCGGGAAGCAGGACGUCACGCAGGCCUUCUUCAACACGGCCCCUGUGGGCCAGAGGAGCACCUCCAGCUACCUGACCAAGGCCGUCCUGGUCCAGCUUCUGCGGGGCGACGUCAAGCCCUGCAAGGACGACCCCUGCUCUGUUAGCUAGCUGCUUUGCUCAGCCGCUAGCACGAUGGCGCUAGUCCCGCUAAUCCUUCGGCGAGAAUUGAGGUGGAAGAUGUUAGCAUAAACAAGCUACAUGCUGGCGGGCGUGGCGCCAUUUUGUUUCUUGUCUCAUCGUAGCGCAGUUAGCUAAUAAAGCUAGCCUAAUUAACUCCGAGUUUAGCAUAAAUAAUUUUUGGUAAACACUGAGACUGCUAGUAGCUAGCACAAUAAACUCUCGCCCUUCAGCAGCCAUCUUGGAAAGGUACUGAGCUAGCUUCUAAAUGUUUGUAGAUUCUAUCUCAAAAUAAUGUUCUGCCACAAUUUUUUGUCAUGAAUCAGCUCCUCCCACUAGAAUUUUUACUGGCAACGACAAGCUAAAUGCUAGCGGGCGUGGCGCCAUUUUGUUUCUUGUCUGUAAUCGUAGCGCAGUUAGCUAAUAAAGCUAGCCAAUUUAACUCCAAGUUAGUUGGCCUAGUUUAGCAUAAAGAAAUUAAAAUAUCGACAAGCACUUAAAAACUCCUAAACAGAACAUCAUUUUUUGUAAACACUGAGACUGCUAGUAGCUAGCACAAUAAACGCUCACCCUUCAACAGCCAUCUUGGAAAGGUACUGAGCUAGCUUCUAAAUGUUUGUUACCACACUUUUUUUGACAUGUAUCAGCUCCUCUGACUAGCAUUUUUCUUACCUACAACAAGCUAAAUGCUAGCGGGCGUGGCACCAUUUUGUUUCUUGUCUCAUCGUAGCGCAGUUAGCUAAUAAAGCUAGCCUAAUUAACUCCAAGUUAGUAUCCGAGUUUAGCAUAAAGAAUUUUUGGUAAACACUGAGACUGCUAGUAGCUAGCACAAUAAACUCUUGCCCUUCAGCAGCCAUCUUGGAAAGGUACUGAGCUAGCUUCUAAAUGUUUGUUGAUUCCAUCUCAAAAUAAUGUUCUGCCACACUUUUUCUGACAUGAAUCAGCUCCUCCGACCAGCAUUUUUCUUAACAACAACAAGCUAAAUGCUAGCGGGCGUGGCGUCAUUUUGUUUCUUCUCUCAUCGUAGCGCAGUUAGCUAAUAAAGCUAGCCUAAUUAACUCCAAGUUAGUUGGCUUAGUUUAGCAUAAAGAAAUGAAAAUAUCUGCAAGCACUUAAAACCCCAAAGAUAUUUUUUUUUUGUAAACACUGAGACUGCUAGUAGCUAGCAUGAUAAACUCUCGCCGCUCCGCAGACAUCUUGGAAAGGUUUUGAACUAGCUUUUAAAGUUCUGUUGAUUAUAUCUCAAAAUAAUGUUCUGCCACACUUUUUUGUCAUGAAUCAGCUCCUCUGACUAGCAUUUUUACUGGAAACAACCUUUUGUUUCUUGUCUGUAAUCGUAGUGCAGUUAGCUAUUAAAGCUAGCCUAAUUACUCCAAGUUAGUUGGCCUAGUUUAGCAUAAAGAAAUGAAAAUGAAAAACCCCCUAAACAAAACAUAGUUUUCUGUAAACACUGAGACUGCUAGUAGCUAGCGUGAUAAACUGUCACCGCUUCACAGACAUUUAUGAGCCCCAUUUUGACAAGCUAACUGUUAGCUUGUAGCAUGCUAAUAUCAUAACCUACUCAUUUUGGUGACUGUGGUGCUGUUAUGAUAGCUCUAGCCCAUGUCAAGAUUUUAGGUUGAGUUUGUUAGCGACAACGAGCUAAAUGACAGCACUUUGUUUCUUGUAGCAUAUAAAAUAAUAGCGGAUGAAACAGCUUAAGUAGCCAAAUUUGCCAAAUUCAAAAUUUUUAGGGAGUAGAUGCUAAAUGUGCGAUUGACUAGUCAGUUCAAGAAGUUUAUGAGCCCCAUUUUGACAAGCUAACUGUUAGCCUGUAGCAUGCUAAUCUCGUAACCUACUCAUGUUGGUGCCUUUGGUGCUGUUAUGUUAGCUCCAACCCUUGACAAGAUUUUAGGUUGAAACCGUUAUCGACAACGAGCUAAAUGCCAGCACUUUUGUUUCUUGUCUGUAGUUGCGCGUGUAGCGGAUUAGCUUAGUUUAGCAUAAAGAAAGAAAUCAACCACUGGCACUUAUCUCUCGGAGAAAACAGUUUUCUGUGACUACUGAGACUGCUAUAAGCUUUUUCGUGGGUCGUUUGAGUGUAUUCUUUCAAAAUUGGGCAGCCAUCUUGGAGAGGUCUUGCUAGCUAGCUUGAAAAAUAUUAUUGAUUAUGGCUCAAAAUUCUGUUUAAAAUUAUUUUAUCUGAAACUUGUGAACAAUUCUUGACGUAAAUUAUCUACUUAAACAACUCACUGUUUUUUUACCCAAUUGUUUUUUUUAAGUUAGCUGCCAUAGCAUCUAAAAUAAUAGCGGACGACAAAAGCUUAAGUAGCCAAAUUUGCUACAUUAAAAGACUUGUUGCAAUUCAACAUUUUUACGGAGAAGAUGCUAAAUGUGCACAAUAUACUGUCGUCCGUUCAAGAAGUUUAUGAGCCCCAUUUUGACAAGCUGACUGUUAGCCUGUAGCAUGCUAAUCUCGUAACCUACUAAUUUCGGUGCCUUUGGCGCUGUUAUGAUAGCUGUAACCCAUGACAAGAUUUUAGGUUGAAUUUGUUAGUGACAACGAGCUAAAUGCCAGCUCUUUGUUGCUUGUCAGUAGUUGCGCGUGUAGCGGAUUAGCUUAGCGUAGCAUAAAGAAAAACCUCAUCCAACGGCACUUAUCUCUCGGAAAAAACGGUUUUCUGUGAACAUCGGGACUGCUAUAAGCUUUUUUUCUGUGCGUCGUUUUGAAUGUAUUCUCACAAAUUUUGGCAGCCAUCUUGGGAAGGGCUAGCUAACCUUACAAGCUUUGUGAGCUAGUAAGGUUUGUUGACAAUGGUUCAAAAAAACGUCUGUUCAAAUGCCUUUUCUGUGACACCUGUGAACAUUUCUUGACGUUAUUCAUCCCUCACCCACAUUUUCCCCGCCAUUUUGUUCCUACUUAAACAAUUUGCUGCCCAACAUUGUAUGUGUCGUCAGACCUCAGCUAGCGGUACAUCAUUUAACAAAAAAUGGACGAAUCAGCAGAAACAGACAAAUAUAUUUUAGUGGAUGUUUGACAUGUUUACGGCGAACAUACAAAUUAGGGUAAAUGCGCCAUGCUAGCUGUUAGCCUGCAUGCUAGUCAUAUUGCUAAUCCAGUGCAUGCACGCAAAGCUACAGUGCGUUAGCAUAGUUUACGCACAUGUGAAAAUGUUGAUUGUUUGCUGGGUUUCAGCAUUUUGGUGGUGUUAGCGAAUAGAACCACCCGUUUUUGGGUCCGGUUGGAGUUAUUCCGCUGAUUGGCAGACGCUAGAAAAAGUGAUUAAAAAUGGUUUCAAGUGUGUCGUGGAGUGUCUGUGUCGUCAAUCCACCCACCGGAAGUGGUUCGAGUGGCGAUAUGGUCUGUUCCAGGGUCAAACCGUUAACAUUUUGCCGUAUAAAAAAGGUGUGUCCUUGCUAGUUGGUUCUACCAGGCUAACUGUCGCCAGGAUAAAUGAGCUCUGACAAAGGUUUAAUUGGGUUUGGGCUGAGACGAGACUAAAGAAGAUGUCACCCUGGCUGGAUGUCCUGCGGGGAAUUUUUAAUCAGCACUUUUAA